UAUCUACAGGGACAUAAAAUCCAAAAAUGUUUUUUUAUGAUUUAGACAGAACGUGCAAUUAAACAACUUUCCAAUUUACUUUCAAUAAGUAACCUGCUUUGUUUUCUUAGUUUCCUUUGUUAAAAAGCAUACCUUGGUAGGCUCAAGAGCACCAAGGCACUACAGGGAGCUAGCUGACGAUUGGUUCCUGCACAUAUACGGCUUCUGUCAUUGGUUCACCCUAUGUGUUUAGCUAGCUCCCAGUAAUGCAUUGUUGUUGCUUCUUCAACAAAAGAAUUAAGCAAAUUUGAUAAUAGCAGUAAAUUGGAAACACAUUUAAAAAUAUAUACGCUAUCCGAACAAUGAAAACAUUUUUGGGGGUUUUUGUGUCCCUUUAAAGGGACAUGAAACCCAUUUUUUUUUCUUUAAAAGAUAACUAACUUUUAUGUUUUUAAACACAAACCAAACGCAUAUAAUCAAUAAAAAACACAAAGUAAAACUUACUGACCUAUAAUUUUUGAAAAACGAUGCAGCAUAACGCUAUAACAAUAAUAUUUAUUUUUCUCCUUUGAGUCACAAAAUUCGUCCCCCAAAUAUCGGCACUAAAUGUUAGAAAUCAAUAACCUAUCAUAUGGAGACUUUAUGCAUAUCAUUAAAUGACGAUUAAGUCCUACUUUGCAUGCGCAUAGAAAUCAUCUAAAUUGCGCAUGCGCAUUUUAAAUGACUGAUGCCGAAAUGUAUUAUCUUCCAUGCAGUCUUUCAGGGAGUGAGGUUUUAGGUGACGUUGCGCAAUCGCAUAGCUGAUUAGAAGCGCCAUAUUCCAACCAGGGUUGUCAGCCCGGAUUGGACAGGAGAUAACGAUACCCAUGGAAUGGGUUUGGAAAGAUAUUAAUUAUUGAAAUAAGAAAUCGUCUAAACGGUAAGGAUCUCAUAAGGAGAGUAUUUAGCAAAAGUGCUUGUUUAGAAUAGUUAGUUCAUUUUAUGCUUUACAGUGGCCCUUUAAUCAUUCAGAUAGCGAAUACAAUUUAAAAAAAUAUUUCCAAUUUACUUCUAUUAUCAAAUUCACUUUGUUCUCAUGUUAUUCUUUGUUGAUGAGAUAGCUAGAUAGGUAGCAUGCAUGUGUCUGAAGCACUAAAUUACAGGAAAUAGUGCUCCUGCUAAUGUACAACAUUGUUGCAAAAUUGCUGCUACACUCCUGAGAUUACAUCCCUGCUUUUCAACAAAGGAAAACAAAGAUAAUUUGAUAAUAGAAGUAAAUUGGAAAGUCGGUUCCAAUUAGUAUAAUAAUAAUCUAGCCCAUUACAGAGAGUAAUUAUUGUACUGCUAUUUGCUAUGGGGACUUUAUGUCACUGCCCCUUUUGUGUAACUAUUGUUAUAUAAGUGACUCACAGGAGGACUGGGUUAUUUAUGUAACUUCUCUCACACACAAUAACCCACGAAUGAUUUGACCACUAAACGGCGCCAGAUUUAAACCUAAAGUCCUUACGUGUCUAUGUGACCCCGCCCCUGACUUACACGUUUACACGCCAGGCCACGUUGUAAUUCGUAUUUGUGUGGAAUGCUGGGAUUUGUAGUUCUUAGCGUGAUCAAUUUCUUUAGCGUGACAGGGGCUGUUUUUUGUUUGGACUGCAAUUCCCGUCUUUCUGCUCGGCAUUUAUAUAGUAAAAUUAACCGGUGUUGUGCUUUUAACAGAGGCUCAGGUAUGUCCGGGAAGGUGAAGGUGCGAGCUGCCGCCAAUGCGGAUGCCCUAGCCGGUGCCGUGUCUGUAAACGAGCGGAUCCUGCGGGACUGUCACUCGCUGUACAUUGACCCCGAGAAUGGCCUCAUCGCUCUUGCAUCCCACCUCAACCUCAUUUUUCUGCCUCCCCGUAAGAAGAUCACAGCGAUGAUAAUGGGGAAUCACUCCGCUGGAAAGAGUAGUUUCAUCAACUGGUAUAUAGAGGAGCACAUUCAAAGGACUGGAGUCGCAAUUGAGACUCAGGGAUUUGCCUUCAUAACCAGUGGCCGCAAAAGGGAGUCUCUAACUGGUGAUGCCACAUUACAGCUUUACCCUCACUUCAAACCCCUGCAGUCCUUCCACGGCGUGUCUGAAUACCUCUGCACAGAGAUUUCCACGUCGCGGCAAAAGAAAUUCAGUUUGGUAACGUUUGUGGACACACCAGGUCUGGUAGAUGGUGACAUGAAGUACCCAUUUGAUGUGAACAGAGCCCUCCUGUGGCUGGGUGAGCUCUGCGACCUGGUCCUAGUUUUCUUUGACCCAAUGGGACAGGCUCUGUGCAAACGGACUCUGGACAUUGUAGAGAAGAUCAAUGAGAACCAUGGAGAGAAACUGCGCUUCUACUUAUCCAAGGCUGAUGAGGCUGGAGGGGAAAGUGACAGGCAGAGGGUUCUGAUGCAGAUUGUCCAGGAGCUGUGUAAACGACCUGGUUUGAACAAAUGUGGCUUUGACAUGCCAACCAUCUACAUACCCAACCCCAAUAAGCCGGUACGCUGCAUUAACCAGAUAGAGGAAGUUUGCAAAACUAUAGAGAAGACCAUCACACAGACAGUCCAGACCACCCUGAAUACUCUGGGAAAAGACUGCCAAAGACUGACCGAGAAGAUCGAGACCACCCUGCGUGAAGAUGAUGACACUGUGCGAGAGAAUCGCCGCUCUCGUGUACGUGGCUGUCUCUUCGGACUGGGGGGUCUCAUGCUUCCCUUCUUACUUUUUGCCUCUGCUCUAUUUGGAACCACCUCUCCGGAGUUGUGGAAUGCGCUGCUGGGGUCUAGCGGAGCUGAAACUCUGGAAAUCUAUCUAACUCCUCUCUUCACGCUGUGGUCGCUCAUUCCGGAGGAUUAUGUGUUAUAUGUUUUCCUGGCACUCCUAUUCUUGUCAGUGCUGUUCCUGCUGCUGGCGCAGAGAUGCUUCAGAUCACGCCAAACAUUGACUAAGAAGCAGCGCCGUUACCUGCAGGAUCGACAUGCUUAUGUGAAGGAAGUUGUGGAACAAAAGCAGAAAAAGCUUUAUGAAGAUUACCUGAAGCAAAGUGUAGGGGAGCAUGACAUGAGCUGACUCCAAAAUACGUUGUACGUGGAAGAAACGCUCCAGGCAAAAGAAGUCCAACCACUUCUGUUACCCAGAAAUCUAUCUCACACUGCCAUAACAGACUGUAUUAUGCAGGCAGCUCUGGCAUUACAGGGGUUAAACCAGCUAAUCUUCACGCCAGUGACACUAUUGCAGCUAUACCUCACGUGACUUUGGGAAACAAUCCCUACUCCAUAAAUAGAUAUUUUUUAUUAUUAUUAUUUUAAGGGUUAAAUCGUCUUCUUCUGGAAACACUGUCUAAUUAUGUUUACCUCUUUGCUCAUGUGAGAAUUAGUGCUGUUUUACCCUCAUAGCACCAGCAUUAAACUACUGAUUAUUUUUUAUAUAUUUAAGGGCUACAAACGUGAAAUUUACAGAUAGUCUAUUAUACAAAUGCAUAUGUAACUUUUUAUUUUAGAAUUGGUCAGCAUUAAAAGCCGAAUGAUAUCAGCACUUCAAUAAAGCGGCAGUGUCUCCGCAUUCCUGGCUUCCAUUACAAAACACGUGCUUCUCUACAGUGAUACGGAGUAUUGGUGCUCUGCCUUGUAUAGUGUGUAAUAAUAUGCCAGAAAGUCCAUAAGCUAUUGACCUUGUAGCAGGGGUCUGAUUGUUACAGACAGGAAAUACAAUUAUGACCUAGUGCCUUUUUAUACCAAGUAAACCAGAUUGCGUGGGAUCAGCCAGACGUCUAUUAACACUGCCAGUAUUGUGGGCAUUGGAGGGGUAGAUAUGUCCUGUUGUCCCAUUUGUCAGUAAUAGUCUUCCCCGUGUGAUCUUAUUUGUGUGUUUUGUACAUCAAAAUAAAUAAGUUAUUUUCAAAAAAA